AUGGGAUCGAUUGAAGACGAAAAGGGUGAAUUGAAGCUGCACACUCAAAAUUUUAAACAUGUAGCAGAUAAUGAAUCAAUUUAUUCACGACAAAGUUCUAUUUAUAAUGGUUUAUCACAACGAAGGCAUUCAAAAAAUAAAAACUAUCCUUAUGUCGGCAAUCAUCCAGAUUGCCAAUACAUUGCGGCAAGUCAUGACGGUGAAUUCGUUGCAAGAUUUAAUUCUGAUACGUUCGAGUUGGAAUAUUACAAGACAGGAAAUAUUACAAAGACUUUUCCGAUAAAUAAUAAUAUUCAAAAAGAAUUAAAAUUGCAACAGAACCUGUGGUGGUCUUUAACAGUCUCAAAUACCGUAAAACUCGGCGAUAGUAAUGACGAUGUAUUAAUUGCUCUAUCGUGUUUCGAAGAUGAAGUCAUGAAGUCAUCCACCACCGAAUUCUACUCUUCAUCCGUCACAAGUGAUUAUGAAAAAGGCAACGGAAAUGAUUUUGAAGACUCGAUUAAGCCGAGAACUUGGGUAUUUUCUGCUGUCUAUAAAAAACAAAUCCAAACAACUAUUGACAAUAUCGGUGGCAUUGUAAGAUUUUUAGAUAAUGUUGCUUCGCCUCGUUCAAAUAAAGUCUCGGAUUCAAAUCUUGAAUUAGAGUUGAUAUUGAUGAAUUCCUCGGGGAUAUAUAAAUCAAUUAUUUAUCCACAACUCCAAUAUAAAAUUCCAAAGUGCAUCAUGAACUUGUACGAUGUCGAUUACAAAUCUCAUAAAGAAUUUUUAUUUCCUCCAACUGUUCAUCUCAAUAUUAAAAAAUUAUUUCAAGAUGAACCCUGUACAAAGUAUGUGGAAAGUUGUGUUGAUAAGAACUAUUUUUUCUCGGAAGAUUAUCGAGCUCAAAAAGUUGAUGUUUAUAAUUUGCAUACUGGAGACCUAGAAAUAUCGUUACAAAAACGUGUUCCAAUCACCAAAGCAUCAGCACUUUUGUCAUCAAACACUGCUGCUGCUUUCUCCACCUCCUCCACCACCGAUUCAAGACUUUGGUCCAAUUAUCUAUUAGGAAACGAAUCAAUAUUCUCUUUAUCAAAAUAUGAGAAUAUGAUUGCACAUUGUUCUAAUUCAAAUGUUAUCACUUUAUAUUUGGCUGAAAAUGGGUUAGAAAUUGCUACAAAACUUUUCCCACAAAUUUUCAGAAUUUUGUUUAUAACAUUUAUUGACGAUGACACUAAAUUAUUUGUUGUUGCACAAAAUUAUGAAGAUGGCAAAGAUAAAACAAAAUUUAUUACUACGAUUAUAAUUUGGGAUAUUUUUGGUACCAGUAACUUUUACCAAACAUUUGAUGCUGAUAAGGAUUCGAGUUUAGCGUGUUUAACGAACGCAAAUGAUAAAAAUUUUUUCACUUCUAGUUUUGGCAGAAUUUAUUCUUUAGAUGAAAAUGGUAAUUUGUUUUCCUUGUUGGAUCAUCCUGAUGUAUCUCACAUCUUGAAAAGUAAUGAAAUGUUACAAACUUAUUUUGAUGAUAUGACGCAGCUUCAAAUCAACAACAAUAAUGACAAUGAAGAUUAUCAUCAUAUGAUUUAUAAUUUGGAUAAAAGUUUUAGCAAUAUAAAAGAGAAUAAAGGUGUUUUAAUAAUUAACAAUACAGAACCUUGGAAUAACAAGAAAAAAUACAAGAGAAUUUCUGUAUUUCUAAAUGACGAGAGAACAACACAACUUAUCAUCGGAAGAACGACAAUUCAGGUUUGGCAAAUAAAAAUUACAAAAGUAAAGGAAACAAAAAAAAGAGUAUUGAAAUAUAUUUGGACAUCACUUGGAGGAUUUGACAUGGAAUCAAUUUCAAUUGGCAAAAAUAAAUUUUCUUUGAAAAUCUCGUUAUGUUCACUCAACUCACCGACCCAUACUAGCCAGCAUCUUAUUUAUUAUCCAAACAAUCCAAACACAAUAAAAGAUGCUUGUGAAGCACUUGAGUUUCUUUAUACUCAUAGAAAUCUAUGCAUUGGCCCAAAGAAUCAUCAAAGAUUUGAAGAUAUAUUCUAUAAUACUGAAAAACUUGCUUAUAGAUGUUUCAAAAAAUCACCAAGUUUAUGGAGGCUGAAUGAUAUUCGUCAUGAUAUCAUGGCUAAUUUGAUUAGAGGUCAUAAUAAUUCUUUGAUCAAGAAAAUCUUAUUUAAUGAUAAUGAUUUGGAUUAUAGUAAGCCAGCCUUAAAAAAUAAUAAAUACUAUUUGCAUACACCACGUUUAUAUAGAUGGCCAAAACAGAGAAAAACCACUGAUUUGGAAUUAGCAAUUGAUCAUACUAAAGCUCAUAAAGAUACUGCCAUAGUUGGAUUUUUAUUAGAAUAUUAUUCUAAUCAUGCAAUGGAAAAUGUUGGAUGGAUGUUUACUGUAGCUAAAGCAAUUCCAUUAUUAUUAAAUUGUAAUUUAGAAGUUUUGAUAGAUCGAUGUUUUAUUGAUACACUUGAAUUAAUGAAAGGCGAAAAAGAAAGUGUUGUUCCAUUAACUGCUAAACCAAGGUUACUUCAAAAAGCCACCAAAAAACCUCCAUUUUUUCAUUACUUAUUUUAUAGAAAAUCUGAAAUUGGCAAGUAUAUGGAAGAUGAUAAUGAGAUGGCAAAAUCGACAAGCGUUCGUAUUGUUCCAUUACCAGAUUUCUUUGUAUACCCAAAUGGUAUAAAAGAUGAAAAAUUGCACCCGACAAAAUUAAUCAAACGACUAUUGAAAUUAAUUUUUUGGCCACGUGGGUAUGUUAUAAAAGAAGAAUCAGAUCGCAGUCCAUUCUUAAAAGUGCUCAGACAAAAAAGAAAUGAGUUGAUGUAUAACAAUCCAUCAUUGGAAGCUUGUAUCAAAUUCAAAUUCUCAUCAGCAAAGCAUUAUUAUAUCAGACAUUUAAUCCAUUAUUUGUUCUAUGCACUCAUGAUAUCACUUCUACUUGGUUUGAUUGCUAUUCCUUACUCGGGUGAUGAAAAUAAUACUCCUACGUCAGAUUCUGCAAUUGAUUACUUAAAUGAGGCAUAUGAUCCAAAGGCGAGCUCUAUUCUUUUAGCUUUGACUGCAUAUAUUAGUUAUUACUUGUUAGCAAUAGAAAUAAUACAGGUUAAACAAGAUAAAAUCAAAAGAUAUUUGAAUUUUUAUAAUUUUACUGAUGCUAUAUCAGUCGUGUUGCCAUUUCUUGCAGUAUUUGGAAAUUAUGUUGUUAAUAUUAAAAAAUAUAGAGAUUCACUUAACUUUAUAUAUGGAAAUAAUUCUAGUAUUGGAGAUAUGUUUCAAUUUUUAUCGGAUAAUGAUAAUAAUGGUGUCUCUAAAACAAUAGCAAUUGUCAGUUCGUUUGUUGUGUUAAUUUUGUGGUUGGAAUUUUUAUUAUUAUUAAGAUUUUUUUCACGCCCUGCAUAUUUUAUCAAUCUUAUAAUUGAUAUAGUAAAAAGUAUUUGGCCAUUUUUGGUUUUCAUGCUGAUUGUAAUUUUUGGAUUCGGCCAUGCAAUGCACAUAUUAUUAAGGAAUGUAAAAGAGUUUGGUAUGAGUGCAACUCGUAAUUCUUUUAAUUUUCGUGAUAAGUCAGGAGGAGCACUUGAUGGCCCUUUCUCAAAUAUUACCAUUCAACAAGACUUUAAUGAACUUGAUGAAAGUGACAACUUUUUCGUUUCAUUUUUUAAAUCUGUGGAAGUUGUUUAUUUUUGGCCCACGGGUAGGUGGGAUCAAGUAGAUCACUGGGAUUUUUGGCCAGUUGAUGUGUUGUCUAUACGUGAAGGUGUAUUUGAAGAUGCCAACAAUAACGUAAAACAAAAAACUUUAAAAAUCAGAGCAGAUUUAUUAUCCGAUUAUGAGACAAUAGAAAAACCAUUUGGUAAUACUAGAGGAAAUCCUCGUUUCGUUUAUUAUGUCGGCAGAGCCGAUGACUUGGAAGAAUGGUCAUUACUUAGAAUGGAAAGUGAUGCUAGUACAGCAACUAGUAGCGAUUUUGAUAGUUUUGAUUAUAGAAAAUUUAAUAUUAGUCUUGGUGGAACUUUUAAAUAUGGAUUGAAAGCCUUUAAAAUUAUUGAUAUUGAAUUCAAUCAUAUCCUUAGUAACCGCAAAGACCAUUGUAGUAGUAGCAAUGAAUUUUUAUUAUUGGGAAGAGAAUCACCAUUAUCACCUACACCACUUUCAUCAUUACAAAAUGAAGUUAAUGAAAUGAAAAAAUUUGAAACUGAUGUUUCAAAUAGAAUUACCAAGAUUGAGAAUAGUUUAGAAGAAAUUAUUAAAUUAAUAAAAUCCAAACAAGCCUAA